AUGGCGGACGCUGCUCCAGCCGGUGCACGAGGAGGAUUUCGCGGAGGAUUCGGUGGACGAGGCCGUGGUCGUGGCCGCGGACGUGGACGCGGUCGCGGUGACAAGGACGCCGCCAAGACCUGGAGCCCGCUGACCAAGCUAGGCCGUCUGGUCUUCGAAGGCAAGAUCAAGAGCCUUGAGGAGAUUUACAGAUUUUCUCUGCCCAUCAAGGAGGCCGAAAUCAUUGACCACUUUCUCGGCUCUGCCCUCACCGACGAGGUGCUGAAGAUCAUGCCCGUUCAGAAGCAGACCCGUGCCGGACAGCGCACUCGCUUUAAGGCCUUUGUCGCCAUCGGCGAUUCCAAUGGACACGUUGGUCUGGGCGUCAAGUGCAGCAAGGAAGUGGCCACCGCCAUCCGUGGUGCCAUCAUCCUCGCCAAGCUUUCCAUCAUCCCUGUUCGACGAGGCUACUGGGGCAACAAGAUCGGCUCUCCCCACACUGUCCCUUGCAAGGUCACCGGCAAGUGCGGCUCCGUUCUGGUGCGACUAAUUCCUGCCCCUCGCGGUACUGGCAUCGUCUCGGCUCCAGUGCCCAAGAAGCUGCUCACCAUGGCCGGCAUUGAGGACUGCUACACUUCGGCGCGAGGCUCUACCUGUACGCUGGGCAACUUCGCCAAGGCUACCUACUUUGCCAUCCAAAAGACCUACUCCUACCUGACCCCCGACCUGUGGCCCGUCUCACCGCUGACCAAGUCGCCGAUGCAGGAGGUUUAA